GAGAAGAAAAGGAUGAGUUGUGGAGAAAGCAAGGUUGUGUGUGUGACAGGAGCAUCUGGGUUCAUAGCGUCAUGGCUGGUCAAGCUCUUAUUGCAGCGGGGUUAUACCGUCAAAGCCACUGUUCGUGACCCAAAUGAUCAAAAGAAAACAAAACACCUGCUCUCACUUGAUGGAGCAAAAGAAAGGCUUCAUUUGUUCCAAGCAGACUUGAUAGAAGAAGGUUCUUUUGAUUCCAUAAUUGAUGGUUGUGUAUGUGUUUUCCAUACGGCGUCCCCCGUAAUAACCUCAGUCACCGACCCUCAGGCAGAAUUAAUUGACCCUGCUUUGAAAGGAACGCUUAAUGUCCUUGAAUCGUGUGUGAAGGCUCGGUCUAUCAAAAGGGUGAUUAUAACAUCCUCUAUGGCAGCAGUUGCAAAUAAUGGUAAACCUGUAGAUUCUGAUGUAACAAUCGAUGAAUCUUGGUUUUCAGAUCCUGAUUUUUGUGAGAAAACAAAGCGUUGGUAUCCAGUCUCAAAGACAUUAGCUGAGGAAGCUGCUUGGAAGUUUGCAAAAGAGAAAGGAAUUGAUGUUAUUACAAUAAAUCCGGGAUGGGUGAUUGGCCCUCUCUUACAGCCAACUCUGAACUUAAGUGUGGAACCAGUUCUGAAACUUGUCGAUGGGACUGAAAAAUUUCCUAACACAACUCACAUAUAUGUUGAUGUUAGAGAUGUCGCUACUGCACAUAUUCUAGCCUUUGAGAACCCAUCAGCUAGUGGACGUUAUUGUUUAGUUGGAAGUGUCAACCACUGUUCAGAGAUUGUGAAAAUGUUGCGCAAUAUCUUCCCAGCUCUCAAUCUUCCAGAUAAAUGUGCAGAUGACAAACCUUUCACACCAAUUUACCAGGUAUCAAAGGAGAAAGCCCAAUCUUUAGGUGUAAAGUAUACUCCGCUAGAAGUGACUCUAAAGGAUACUGUUGAAAGCUUGAAGGGCAAGAACUUCUUUUAAUUAUGGAACUCAUUCGCAAGUCAGUGAACAGUUACAGAUUAUUAGUGUGUAUACCUCUGAGGUUCUAUUGUUUCUGAUAUCAUUGCCUUUUUGUGACUUAUAGCUUGUAGUGAGAACUUGGAGAUAAGUGUACUGUGUACAUGCUGCCUUCGUUUGCAGAACUUGAACGUAUAAGAAUUAUAUGGGAUUCAUGUUUUAAAGAUCAUCUCCCACGCC